GAACAGGAAGCGGCUGCUUUUGAGUGUAGAAGGCUGACAUAGGAAGUGCGUGACACUGUGCUUGUUACUAGUCUGACAUGGGAAAGAAGGAAAAGUGGGACCGAGCAGACAAGAAAAAAUCAAAGAAACGUCACUACGAGGAUGAGGAUGAUGACGAGGAUGAUGUACAAGGUUCAGAGGCCCAAGAAGCUGUUCCUUCUGCUGCAGGGAAGCAGGUGGACGAAGAUGGCAUUAAGCAUGAUGAAUAUGGUGCUAAAGACUACAGACUGCAAAUGCCUUUGAAAGGGGACCAUGCCUCUCGCCCACUGUGGGUGGCCCCUGAUGGUCACAUCUUUCUGGAAGCAUUCUCUCCCGUCUACAAAUAUGCCCAAGACUUUCUAGUGGCCAUCUCCGAGCCUGUAUGCAGACCUGUUCACGUUCAUGAAUACAAACUCACUGCAUAUUCACUGUAUGCAGCAGUUAGUGUUGGGCUUCAAACAAGUGACAUCAUUGAGUAUCUGCAAAAACUGAGCAAAACUGGUGUCCCUGAUGGAAUUGUGCAGUUUAUCAAGCUCUGCACAGUCAGUUAUGGAAAAGUGAAGAUGGUCCUGAAGCACAACAGAUAUUUUGUUGAAAGUGCACACCCAGAAGUCAUCCAGGAUUUGCUCAAAGAUUCUGUGAUUCGAAACUGUAGACUGCGUAAUGCCGAUGGGGAUGAGACCGAACUAAUCAAAGAAACCUUUACAAGCAAAUCUGCUAUUUCCAAAGCUACUGAAGGAUCCAGUGGUCCCUCUACCUCUCAGAAUCCUGAAGACGCGACAAAGCCAGACGUCCCUGCUGACCUUUUUGAAUUUUAUGAACAAAUGGACAAAGAAGAGGAAGAGGAGGAAGAAACACAGACAGUUUCUUUUGAGGUUAAACAGGAGAACAUUGAAGAGCUUCAGAAGCGGUGCAUCCACCUUGAAUACCCUUUGCUGGCUGAAUAUGACUUCAGAAAUGACACCAUGAACCCUGACAUUAACAUUGAUCUAAAGCCCACAGCCGUUCUUCGACCUUACCAAGAGAAGAGUCUUAGGAAGAUGUUUGGCAAUGGACGUGCUCGAUCUGGUGUCAUUGUGCUCCCUUGCGGUGCUGGUAAAUCUUUGGUUGGUGUUACUGCUGCUUGCACAGUUCGGAAAAGAUGUUUAGUACUUGGGAAUUCUGCUGUUUCUGUGGAACAAUGGAAGGCCCAAUUUAAAAUGUGGUCCACCAUUGACGACAGUCAGAUUUGUCGAUUUACAUCUGAUGCAAAGGACAAGCCAAUCGGAUGCUCUAUCGCUAUUAGCACUUACUCUAUGCUGGGACAUACAACUAAACGAUCAUGGGAGGCUGAACGUGUGAUGGAUUGGCUCAAAAGUCAAGAAUGGGGUCUGAUGAUUUUAGAUGAAGUGCACACAAUACCAGCUAAAAUGUUCCGAAGAGUAUUGACCAUAGUUCAAGCACACUGCAAAGUGGGGCUAACAGCCACGCUUGUUCGAGAAGAUGACAAAAUUGUUGAUUUGAAUUUUCUGAUUGGUCCUAAACUAUAUGAAGCCAACUGGAUGGAACUGCAAAAUAAUGGUUAUAUUGCAAAGGUGCAAUGUGCAGAGGUCUGGUGUCCAAUGUCUCCUGAAUUCUACAGAGAAUAUGUCGCUAUCAAAACAAAGAAGAGAAUUUUGUUGUACACCAUGAACCCAAAUAAAUUUAGAGCUUGCCAGUUCCUGAUUAAGUUCCAUGAACGGAGGAAUGACAAGAUUAUUGUGUUUGCAGACAAUGUAUUUGCGCUAAAGGAGUUUGCCAUCAGGCUGAACAAACCUUAUAUUUAUGGCCCUACAUCACAAGGAGAGAGGAUGCAAAUUCUCCAAAAUUUCAAACAUAACCCAAAAAUCAACACAAUAUUUAUAUCUAAGGUUGGUGACACAUCUUUUGAUCUACCAGAGGCUAAUGUACUCAUUCAAAUUUCAUCCCAUGGUGGCUCUCGAAGACAGGAAGCUCAACGUCUGGGUCGCGUUCUCAGAGCUAAAAAAGGGAUGGUAGCUGAGGAAUACAAUGCUUUUUUCUAUUCCUUGGUAUCCCAGGACACACAAGAAAUGGCAUAUUCUACCAAAAGGCAAAGAUUCUUAGUGGAUCAAGGUUAUAGCUUUAAGGUCGCACGACGUGUGGGCACAAUGAGUUCCAUGUCAGGGGCAGACGAUACCAUUUAUAUGGAAUACCAUGCACCACGAAACAAAGGAGCUGCAGGCAAGCAUGUGCAUCCACUUUUUAAACGCUUCAGGAAGUGAAUCCAACUCAUAUUCCGUAUAGUAGUAUGGAAAUGUAAACAGUACUAAAGGAGGACUGUAUAGAUUAUAUUUUUCAUUAUAAAGCUAUGACCUCACUGUGCGAGGUUGUAUAUAGGGUUGAAAGAGUAUUUCUGCAAAGCUGCAGAAAGUGACGUAAUUGAAAAUGUAUAUUCUUGUAAACAAUAAAAGUAAAUUUUUUGUUUCAGAUACUUUAAGCCUAUAUAUAAUAGGCUAAACAAUCAAUAUAAUUUAUUAAAAAAAUAAUAAAACCUCACCAAAGAGGUUUAAAAUAAAUAUACAUUGUGCUCUUAGUAUCUAAGCAUGUGUUUAUUUGUGUAGACUGUUAGUUGUAUUGUAUUCUUUUUGCAAAAUAAACUUAUUACAGAAAAUA